AUGUCGACAGGUCUCCCACCAGACGUACCGCCAUACACCAAGGUCUUCGGGCCUGGUGCCAACUGUACUCUAGAGAUAUGCCCCGUGGAGAUAAGCGUGUAUGGCUACGCGCCUAGUCUCGCUGCCAACGUCGUCUUCCUAUGUCUGUACAUCCUUUCUGCAUGCAUACAUGUCUACCUGGGGAUUCGAUGGAAGAGUUGGUUCUUCAUGGGAUGUAUGGUUCUCGGCGCCGUCAAUGCCACUUUGGGCUACGCAGCUCGGAUUUCCAUGCAUUACAACCCGUUCAACUUUGCGGCUUUUAUGAUUCAAAUCAUUUGUGUUACUAGUGGUCCGGUCUAUUAUUCAGCUGCUAUCUAUGUGACACUCGCAGCGGCCAUCAAAGAUUUCUCUCCUUCACUUUCCCGCUUUAGACCCGACCUUUUCUACUGGGUCUUCAUUCCAUCCGAUGUCGUCUGUUUGAUAUUCCAAGCGGCCGGGGGUGGUUUAUCUACUGCAUCAUCAGGCACGAGCGAGAUUGGGGUAGACAUGGCGCUUGUCGGUCUUAGUCUGCAAGUAGCCAUGAUGGUGAUCUUCUGUGGCCUCUUUGGAGAUUACUUGAUUCGCUACUUCCGCUCUACCCAAUACCAAGCAGACCUAGGAAGAAACAUAUCCGGUUUGGAUUUUGGAACUAGACUAAAGGUCUUCUUUAGCUUGAUGACAUUAGCUAUAAUGUUGAUUUUAGCUCGAUGCACGUACCGGCUUGUCGAAUUGCGUGAGGGGUAUAGGGGUGAGCUUAUUCAUGACGAGUCUUUGUUUAUAGGCUUGGAGGGAGUAUUGGUUAUUUCUGCCGUGUAUUGCCUCAUGAUUGCUCAUCCCGGAUUUAUCUUCAAGAAGAGUCAACAAAUUUUGUUGAAUGUAUCUGGUUCGGAUGGUUACGAGUUUCAAAAGGUCCCUUCUCAGACGCCCGCCUCAGCAUAAUCGAUACUUUCAACUGCGAGGUUCGAAGUUUAGACGAGACAUAUCAUCUGCCGAUGCCUUAAGAGCCGCAUCAAACCCCAGCUCUCACUUUUCAUUUCUACAGAUCAUAUAGUCUUUGUACACCUAGCUCUGUUUAUGUUAUCUCCG